CCAGGCAUGGUGACUCAUACUUGUAAUCCAAGAACUCAGGAGGUGGAAACAGGGGGGUCAGGAGUUCAAGAUCAUCCUCUGACACAUUUGAGACCAGUCUGGGCUACAUAAGAUCCUGUCUAAAACAACACAACGAAAGUCUGGUGUAGUGAAAUAAUAUUUACUAUCAAUCUUUUUUUUCUUUGUGUCUCUGGGUAGUAUAUGUGUGUGAGGGACUUACGGGGGGGGGGGGCAGAAGUUUACAUCAGGUAUCUUUCUCUGUCAUUCUCUACCUUUAAUUUUUUUUCUUUUUUGAGAGGAACUAGCUGUGUAGACCAGGCUGGUCUCAACCUAACAAAGAUUUCCUCUGACUGUAGCUCUUGAGCACUGAGAUUAAAAACAUGUGCCACCAUGCCUGGCUUCACCUUUUUAGAUUUUCAAAUUACAUUUAUUCAUUUGUUUGUUUGUUUGUGUGUGUGUAUUCUUGAGAGCCGGAGUGUGAGCGCCACAGCGCAUGUGUAGCAGAGAGAGGACACCCUGUGGGAGUCAGUUCUCUCCUUCCACUAUAUGAGUCCCAGGGAUCAAACUCAGGUUGUCAGUCUUGGCAAAUGCCUUUACCCACUCAGCCAUUUUGACAGCCUUCACCUUCCUGAGACAGGGCCUCUCACUGAACCAGGAGCUCACCAGUGCAACUUAACUAGGAGGCCAGAAGGCCCCAGGGAGGCUCCUGUCUCUCCCUGGUGUUGGGAUGACAGUGUGUGCUGCACAUCCACCUUUCUCCAUGGGCCUCAGGGAGCCAAACUCAGAUCCUGUUCAGCAAGCACUUUAUGAAUGAGCUGUCUCCCCAGCCCCUAUGGGUCGUGGUUUUUAUGUGUCACCUUGUAAAGUGUCCAGAGCUCUUGUCACCUUGUAAAACUGAAAGUCUGUAGCCAUUAAACAAGCUGUCCACUGUUCCAGCCCACUGCCUUACCCAACUUCACUCUGGUAUUUAUGAUCUGGCAGUUCCAGGUUGAAGGUGUUCUGUGCUCCGCUCUGCUGUGGAAGCAUCUUCGCUUAAUGUCAACAAGUUGAGUGGUCCAGAUGGCCAAGGCCAAGUUCAGAGGAGGCCGAGGUCCCCAAGGGUAGGCUGCCUGUAGAGUGAGGAGGGAAGACAGUAGGAGCUAGUCCAGCACUCCGGAGGAUUAUGAGUUUGAGGCCAGCCUGGGCUAUCUAGUCCCACGGGGUGAGGAGACAACAGGGAAAUGACUCAGAGAUGUUUGGUCUUUGUGGCCUGCCCUUUGGUUUAUGACAGUCACCUCAGCAGAGCUGACCUUUGCCUCCAUCUUAAGAGAGGAGGCACCGGGCCAUCUCACAUAGUGGCUUACAGAGCACUUAUAGCCUCCAGAACCAUGGGGACCAGCCUGCGCAGUCGGUCCUUUCGAGAACCCCGGUCCUGCUACAGGAAGCUCCAUGAGUCCCAGGGGAGGUCCCUGGAGGGCCGACUCCACCGGGCACUGAGCCUCAGACAGGGCCGUGAGAAGUCCCGGUCGCAGGGCCUUGACGGCACAGAAGGGCUGGAGGUCCCUGUUCAGGAGCGACCGCCAGGGACCCUGGGAGACACGGAGCAGCUGAUCCAAACCCAGAGAGAAGGCAGCCAGCGGUGGCUGAGGCAAUACCAACAGCAGGUGAGGAGAAGGUGGGAGAGCUUUGUGGCCAGCUUCCCUAGUGUGACCCUGAAUCGACCCACCUCCCCAGAGACCUUGUUGGACACCAACAGCUAGAGCUGCUGUGAUCGUUCCUCACGCCACCGGCCGGACUCCUGUGUUUCCUCAUCUGCUCCUUCAUGGCUUUCUGUGCUCUGCACUGCUCCGGCCUUUGUCAUGUGACCCGCGGAGGUCUCUGUCACUAGAUCACUCAAGGCCUUGUGUGGCUGCCCUCCUUGGUUUGGGCAGCUAGCUCUCAGCAAAGACCUCUAUAGAGCUGAGGAGAAGGCACUCGGCUCUCUGCCUCCUGGGCCGACAGGUAUGAAGGUCUUAGGGACCCACAGAGAAAUGAGAGUUAUCAACAACACUCUUGACCCCACACAGACCAGCCACCCACUUCUAGGACAGAGUUCAGUGAAGCCAAACGCGGCUGAGAAUUUCUUGAAUAUCGCCUGCUCACAGGACCAAGCUCCACCUUGGUCCGCUAGUGACAAGCCAAGACCCCCGAUCUCCCUCACAGACAGUGAGCCUCCAAAGGCUAGGACCGUGUCUGGACUGUCCUCACUAAGGCUGCUGUAUGCCUGAGAAGCCCACACACGCACAUUGCUGCCUUGGGCCUCAUUGUAUUCUGAUGAAGGAAGCAGGGAAGUCUUCCCUCCCUGUGUGACAGAGGGUAACAGAGGCCCAGAGAAGGGAAGAGACCUUCUGCCUACACACACACACCCAGUACCUGACACUGGGGCUGAACACAUUAAUAAAGCCA